AUGUCUUCCAAGGUCAAGGCUGGUCAACUCUGGGGAAAGAGCAAGGAUGAUCUCACAAAGCAGCUGGAUGAGCUGAAGACCGAGCUGGCUCAGCUUCGUGUCCAGAAGAUCGUUGGCGGUGCCUCGUCGAAGACCCAGCGAAUCCACGACAUCCGCAAGUCGAUCGCUCGUGUCCUCACCGUCAUCAACGCCAACCAGCGCUCCCAGCUCCGCCUCUUCUACAAGAACAAGAAGUACCUUCCUCUUGACCUCCGCCCCAGGCUCACCCGUGCUCUCCGUCGCCGCCUCACCAAGCACGAGGCCACCCUCAAGACUGAGCGCCAGCGCAAGAAGGAGAUCCACUUCCCCCAGCGGAAGUACGCCAUCAAGUUUUCGCCGGAAGGCUCUCAAUUGUUUAUGGAGUGA